GAGGGGCCGGGCGCUCCCAAUGGCCGCUCCCGCCGCGCUGUCAGCCCCUCCCGCCCUCUCGGCCCCGCAGUCGCCUGCGGUGAGCCUAGUGCUGCCCUGCUGUCGCCGAGUCGCUAACGUGGCACCGCGGGGACAGGUUUUGUUCCUUAGGUAUAUUGACUGUGUUUAUAAACAAGAAGCCUUGUGACCAGCUAAGCUGCUGCAAGGAAUGGAAUUAGCUCAUAGCUUGCUGCUCAAUGAAGAAGCAUCCAGUCAACUAGGUGAAGUCCAGAAGGCUGAAUUUAUUUUUGAGUGGUUGAGAUACUUGGAGAAGCUCUUGCUAGCAACAAGCAGGAACGAUGUACGGGAGAACCAGAAGACACUUGUUGAACAGCUCUUGUCCUUGCUGAACAGCUCCCCGGGGCCUCCCAUGCGCAAGCUCCUUGCUCAGAAUCUCGCCAUACUUUAUAGUAUUGGAGACACGUUUUCUGUUUAUGAGACAAUCAAUAAAUGUAAUGAUCUUAUUCGUAGCAAAGAUGACUCUCCAAGUUACCUUCCCACCAAACUUGCUGCUGUGGUGUGUUUGGGCUCCUUGUACAAGAAGCUGGGUAGAAUACUGGCUAACGGCUUUACUGAUACAGUGGGGAACAUUCUUAAAGCCAUGAAGAGCGCAGAGUCUCAAGGCCGCUAUGAGAUCAUGCUGAGUCUGCAGAGUAUAUUGACUGGGCUGGGCGCUGCUGCCGCACCUUGCCACAGGGAUGUUUACAAGGCUGCUCGGUCCUGCCUAACAGACAGGUCCAUGGCUGUCCGCUGUGCUGCUGCCAAGUGUCUUCUUGAACUCCAGAAUGAGGCCAUCUUUAUGUGGAGCACAGACCUGGACAGUGUGGCCACACUAUGUUUUAAGUCUUUUGAAGGUUCUAAUUAUGACGUACGGAUUUCAGUUUCAAAGCUGCUGGGUACAGUGUUGGCCAAAGCUGUAAUUGCUAAGCAUCCAGGAGCAGCCUCGAGGCAGAGUGCUCGCAGAGUAUCUCUGGAGGAAGUUCUGGAAUUGCUGGGGACAGGAUUUCUGCGUGGAAGUUCAGGAUUCCUUCGAGCCAGUGGAGAUAUGCUGAAAGGAAGCAGUUCAGUCAGUAGGGACGUUCGAGUUGGAGUUACUCAGGCUUACGUGGUAUUUGUUUCAACAUUAGGAGGAGCUUGGCUAGAGAAGAAUUUUGCUGUCUUUCUCUCUCACAUCCUAAGCCUUGUAUCACAGUUGAAUCCUAAAGCCACACAAACUCAGGCCGAUGCUGUCUGCUGUCGCCGGUGUGUUUCUUUUGUUCUUCGAGCGACUAUAGGAGGCCUUCUUGGAGAGAAGUCGCAAAUCGCUGCUGCAAAGGGUAUCUGCCAGGCCGUGGGGAAGCUGAAGAAAGCGAUGGAUGCUGUAUUGAGUGAUGGUAAUUUGGAAACCCGUCUCAGUUCCACAGAUGUAGCAGCGAGCCAGCAUGCAUUGGUUUGUGCAUUACAAGAGCUUGGAAAUCUCAUCCACAGUGUUGGCACCACAGCCGCACCUUUGCUGCAGGAUUGCACUGCAGGCCUUCUGGACAGUGUCAUUUCGGUGAGUGUGCACCCCAGCGUUUCUGUCCGACUGGCAGCAGCUUGGUGCUUGCACUGUAUUGCUGUGGCACUGCCUUCCCACCUGACGCCUCUCUUAGAUCGUUGCCUAGACCGGCUUGCGAUACUUAAGUCUUCACCGGAAGCAGUGACUGGCUUUAGUUUUGCUGUGGCGGCUCUGCUGGGUGCAGUGACACACUGUCCUUUGGGAAUUCCUCAUGGAAAAGGCAAGAUUAUCAUGACAUUAGCAGAGGAUUUGCUGUGUUCUGCUGCUCAGAACAGUCGCCUGUCACUUCAGCGCACACAAGCAGGAUGGUUGUUGAUUGCCGCUCUCAUGACGUUAGGUCCCGCCGUGGUCAGUCAUCAUCUUGCUCGAGUUCUGCUGUUGUGGAACUGUGUCUUCCCGGCAGCUCCUAAAGACCUAGAGACAGAAAAAAGCCGAGGAGAUUCAUUUACGUGGCAAGUAACCCUGGAGGGGCGAGCCGGUGCUCUCUGCGCUGUCAAGAGCUUCAUUUCCCACUGUGGUGACCUUCUUACUGAUGAAGUCAUUCAGCGUCUUCUGCCACCACUUCCCUGUGCUGUGGAUUUGCUGACUCAGCUUUCUCCAAUACUAAAAACAUAUGGAAGCUCUUUGAAAACACCAUCAGUAGUUUAUAGACAGAGACUCUAUGAACUACUAAUUUUAUUACCUCCUGAGACCUAUAAAGGGAACCUCUGUGCUCUCCUCACGGAGCUGGCUGCUGAACUGACUGCCCCUGAUAUCCAAGCGGCAGCAUCCACGUGUUUACUUCCAGCCCUUUGUCAUCCAGAUGACCUUUUGGUACUAAGCCCUUUGCUGCAGGAGACUGACCAUAGGUUUAUAGAGGAACAGCUCCUGCUUGGUAAUGGCGUUGCCUGUGGAAGUCUAGAAUAUGAUCCUUAUUCUAUUUAUGAGAAGGAUGUGGGAGGAGACUCCGUGCCUAAGCCCCUGCCUCCAGCACUGUCAGUUAUAAGCUCUGCAUCCAAGCUCUUUGGAGUUGUCUGUGCUAAUGUAGACGAGGGUCAAAGGGUUCUGAUUCUGGAGCAGCUUUUGAGCGGCAUCAAGCACACCAAAGGAGCGCGUCAGCAAGCAGUUGAGUUGCACGUUGUUUCUGCCGUGUCGAACUUACUGAAGUAUGUGGCUGGCUCUAAAGGAAGUUUAGGUCCAGAAGUAAGAAGGCUUGUCCUGACACUACUCCUGGGAGCCCUAGAAAGUCCCAGCCCCCUUCUGAGAUGUGCAGCUGCGGAAGCCUGGGCUAGACUAGCCCAGGUGGUGGACGAUGGAGGCUUCACUGCUGGCUUAGCCCAAGUUAGCUUUGACAAAUUGAAGUCAGCGAGAGAUGCGGUUACCAGAACAGGCCACUCUCUGGCUCUGGGAUCCCUGCAUAGGUACUUAGGGAGCAUAGGGCCUCAGCACUUGAGUUCUUGCAUUGGCGUCCUUUACACUUUGUCUCAGGACAGCACUUCUCCUGAUGUGCAGACCUGGGCGCUCCAUUCGCUGUCUCUGACCAUCGACUCUGCUGGUGCGCUCUAUCACGUGCACGUGGAGCCUACCCUGGCACUCAUUCUCAGGCUGCUGCUGAAUGUGCCUCCAACCCAUGCCGAAGUGCACCAGAGUCUUGGUCGCUGCUUGAACGCCCUCAUUACCACAUUGGGCCCAGAGCUGCAAGGUAACAAUACUUCUGUGUCCACCUUAAGGACUUCCUGUCUGCUAGGUUGUGCAGUGAUGCAAGAUAACCCAGGCUGCCUGGUCCAGGCACAGGCCAUCUCUUGCCUUCAGCAGCUUCACAUGUUUGCUCCACGACAUGUCAACUUGUCCAGCCUGGUCAGCUGCCUCUGUGUGAACCUUUGUAGCCCCUACCUGUUGCUGCGAAGGGCGGUUCUGGCUUGUUUGCGGCAGCUGGUGCAGAGGGAGGCAGCUGAAGUGUCAGAGCAUGCUGUCAUGCUGGCCAGGGAUGGCAGGGACCUGGCUACAGAUCCUAACCUCAGAGAAGUGGGCCUUGAAGGGGCACUGCUGGCCUUACUAGAUAGAGAAACAGAUGCAAGCUUGUGCCAGGAUAUCAGAGAGACUUUGCAUCAUAUGCUGACGUCUAUGGCAGUGGAAAAGCUCUCCCUUUGGUUAAAGCUUUGUAAAGAUGUACUCGCGGCAUCAGCUGACUUUACAGCUAUAACUUGUGUGGAUACCAUGCAAGAAGAAGAAGGAGAUAGAGGUGAUGAUGCUUCAGUGCUGACCAGAAGUGACGACAAACCACACCCUUUCAGUAAUCCUCGGUGGGCCACCAGAGUCUUCGCUGCUGACUGUGUCUGUAGAAUAAUUAACCAGUGUGAAAAUGCAAACAGCGCCCAUUUUGACAUUGCUUUAGCACAAGAAAUGAAAAAAAGCGAUUCAAGAAAUGAUUUUCUGGUGCUCCAUCUUGCUGACUUAAUUCGCAUGGCUUUUAUGGCUGCCACAGACCACAGUGACCAGCUCCGCCUCUCUGGCCUUGACACGCUCUUAGUUGUUAUUCGACGAUUUGCAGAUAUCGCAGAGCCAGAGUUUCCAGGUCAUGUGAUUCUGGAACAGUAUCAAGCCAAUGUUGGAGCAGCUCUUAGACCAGCCUUCACUUCAGAGACACCGCCUGACAUCACAGCCAAAGCAUGUCAGGUUUGCAGUGCUUGGAUGGCAAGUGGAGUUGUGAGUGACCUCAGUGAUCUCCGCAGAGUUCAUCAGCUGCUUGUCUCGUCACUAACAAAGAUACAGGCUGGAAAAGAAGCUCUCAGUUACCGGUAUAAUGAAAGCGCCUCCACCAUGGAGAUCUUAGCCGUGCUAAAAGCCUGGGCAGAGGUCUACAUAAUUGCUGUGCAAAGACAUAAAAACCACAAGCAAACCCUGAAGCCUGCUGUUAGUUCAGAAGACAGUGUGAGAAGCGUGUCCCCUCCAGCUGGUGGUCUUCUUGACUUGGUCUGCACAGACCUGGGCACACUGAGCAGGCUCUGGCUGGCUGCGCUUCAGGAUUUUGCUCUCUUAACUUUGCCUGCAGAAUUUGCCUCCCAGCUUCCUGUUGAAGGAGGGGCUUUCUACACGGCGGAGACCAGUGAGAAGGCGAAGCUGCACUACCACAGUUCCUGGGCACUCAUCCUCCACGCUGCGGCCCUGUGGCUCACCAGCACAGGUUUUGCUGACCCAGAUGAAGGAGCUACCAAUCUCUCCAGGCCUGUAACUCCAACUUCCAUGGGUCAGGGCUCUUCGUCGUCAUCUGCGGCUGCCGUGAAGUCCCCUGAGGACGUCUACGCUGACAGGUUCCAUCUGAUUUUAGGAAUCAGUGUAGAGUUUCUCUGUUCCCUGCGCGCAGAUGCAACCAUGGAGAGCAUCGCGGCCUGUCUGCAUGCACUGCAGGCCCUUCUCGAUGUCCCUUGGCCCAGAUCUAGAAUUGGCAGUGAUCAGGACUUGGGUAUUGAAUUGCUGAACGUACUACACCGAGUCAUUUUGACCAGAGAGUCACCAGCCAUUCAGCUGGCUUCACUUGAAGUGGUGAGGCAGAUUAUCUGUGCAGCUCAAGAACAUGUGAAGGAAAAAAGACGAAGUGCAGAAGUUGAUGAUGGAGCCUCUGAAAAGGAAACCCUGCCAGAGUUCGGUGAAGGAAAGGACACAGGAGGACUCGUACCUGGCAAGUCUUUGGUCUUUGCAACCCUGGAGCUCUGUGUCUGCAUCCUCGUUAGACAACUCCCAGAACUAAACCCUAAGCUGACAGGUGGCCCACGAGUAACGUCUUCAAAGCCACAGACCCUGCCAGAGGAGGGCAGUAGACUGGUCGCUGCUGCCUUGGUCAUCCUUGCUGAGCUUCCUGCAGUGUGCUCUCCUGAAGGAAGCAUCUCAAUUCUCCCUACUAUAUUGUACCUUGCAAUUGGCGUCCUCAGAGAAACUGCUGUGAAGUUACCUGGGGGCCAGUUAUCCUCAACAGUCACAGCUUCCCUGCAGGCUCUGAAAGGAAUCUUAACCUCCCCCAUGGCCCGAGCGGAAAAGAGCCAGGAAGCUUGGACCAGCCUCCUCCAAAGUGCUUUAGCAACUGUGCUCGACUGUUGGAGUCCAGCUGAUGGAGUGCAUCAAGAACUUGAUAACAUCAGUCUGCUCACUGCCGUCACAGUGUUUAUUUUGUCCACCAGUCCAGAAGUGACAACUGUCCCCUGCCUUCAGAAGCGCUGCAUUGAGAGAUUUAAGGCUGCCCUAGAGAGCCAAGACCCUGUGGUACAAAUGAAGACCUAUCAGCUCCUACAUUCCAUUUUUCAGUACCCAGAUCCGGCCAUUUCCUACCCGUACAUUUAUUCCUUAGCACCUUCUGUUGUGGAGAAACUGCAGGAAAUAGACAAGAGGAAACCUGACGAUGCUACCGAGCUGCAGCUCUGUCAAGAAGGACUAAAGCUCUUAGAAGCUCUGGUCACCAUUGCCGAGGAACAGCACCGCUCUCAGCUGGUGGCCUGCCUUCUGCCAGUCCUCAUUUCCUUCCUCCUGGAUGAGAAUGCUGUGGGAUCAGCAACUUCAGUAAUGAGAAGUCUGCAUGACUUUGCUUUGCAAAAUCUCAUGCAGAUUGCGCCUCGGUAUUCCUCAGUGUUCAAGAGUGUCAUGGCUUCUUCCCCAGCCUUGAAAGCCCGGCUGGAGGCUGCUGUAAAGGGAAAUCAGGAAAGUGUCCGAGUCGAGCCACCUUCGAAACACACCAAGAACCUGGGGGGGAGCUCCAGUAUCCAAUUAAAGACUAGCUUCCUGUGAUGCUGCUCUCUGCAACACUGAGCACCUUAAUGUAACACUCAGUUGUUUCCUUGCUUCGGAGGCAAAAGUGAAACAAGACACAAGUGCACUUGGAGAUCCUGUUGUUCAAAUUUCAGGAGUGACAGAAAACUUAACAUUCUUGGUAAUUUUGGUUUUGUUUUGUUUCCAUUUACUAAGAACAUGGAACUGUCAGAAUUCUUGCCAGGCAUUUGAAGAAUGUGCCAAAGAGCCAAAUUUACUAAGCACUCUGCUGCUUUAAAAUGAAGGGAUUUCCUCUAGUGGUCCAUAUGUUCAGCUCUGACAGAUGUCAGGUGUUAAGUAUCGCUUACACAGUAUCCAGUGGCUAAUGUAAAAUCCUGCCUUAUGCACACCUUUAAUCCCAGCCCUCUGGGAGGCAGAGGCAGGCGGAUCUCUGAGGCCAGUCUGGUCUACAAAGUGAGUCCAGAACAGCCAAGGCUGCACAGAGAAACCCUGUCUCGAAAAACCAAAAUUAAUAAUUAUAAUAA